CUAAGCUCGGUCAGAACGCGGAAGCUAGAGCCGAUAAAAUCUGGGUUCUGUGUUUUACUUCAUUUCCUCAGUUGGGUCAUCUUUUGUUUUGUUGACAAUGAUCAACGGAACCGACCUUUAUCACGUUCUCACUGCGGUUGUACCGCUCUAUGUUGCCAUGAUUCUUGCUUAUGGUUCAGUGAAAUGGUGGAAAAUCUUUAGCCCUGAUCAGUGUUCUGGUAUCAAUCGUUUUGUUGCUCUCUUUGCCGUUCCUUUGCUCUCCUUUCACUUCAUCUCCACUAACAAUCCCUAUACCAUGAACUUACGCCUCAUAGCCGCUGAUACCCUUCAGAAGAUCAUAGUUUUAGUGGUUCUCGCCAUAUGGUCUCGAACCAGCUCCAGAGGUUCUUUAGAAUGGUCCAUAACGCUUUUCUCACUCUCCACACUUCCAAAUACCCUUGUCAUGGGAAUCCCUCUCUUGAAGGGAAUGUAUGGAGACUCCUCAGGGACUUUAAUGGUUCAAAUCGUCGUUCUCCAGUGCAUAAUUUGGUAUACUUUGAUGCUUUUCUUGUUUGAAUACAGAGGAGCUAGGCUUCUCAUUGUUGAACAGUUCCCUGACACUGCUGGUUCCAUUAUUUCCUUCCGGGUUGACUCGGAUAUCAUCUCCUUAGAUGGGAAAGAGCCUCUGCAAACCGAAGCAGAGGUUGGUGAGGAUGGAAAGCUUCAUGUCACUGUAAGGAAAUCCACGAGCUCUCGAUCCGAGAUCUUUUCACGGCGGUCUCAUGGGCCAAACUCUGGUGUUUCUUUAACUCCUCGGCCAUCAAAUUUGACGAAUGCUGAGAUUUAUUCUCUGCAAUCUUCGAGGAAUCCAACGCCGAGGGGAUCCAGCUUCAACCACACUGAUUUGUAUUCAAUGGUUAAUGGGAGGAAUACUAGCAAUGUCAGCCCAAGACAAUCCAAUUUUGGUAAUCUGGGUUUUGAUGAGGAGAAUGGAAUGAGUGGAUUCACCAAUCCAAACAGAGCAAAUGGGAUCUUUUCGCAGGGGAAUUCUGUUGCUGGAGGUGGGUAUCCGGCGCCAACGAGUGCCGGAAUAUUCUCUCCGGUUGCAGGACCUGGAGCUAAGAAGAAGCCCAAUGGGAUUGAUGGAGGCAAGGAUCUUCACAUGUUUGUCUGGAGCUCUAGUGCUUCUCCUGUCUCUGAAGGUGGCAUUCAUGUCUUUAGAGGAGGGGAGUUUGGGAAUGAACAUAAUGGGGUACCUCAUCCUGUUGACACCCACCCAAAAGAAUAUGAAGAGUUUGGAAGAGAUGAGUUCAGCUUUGGGAACAGGCAGAUUAAUGGGGGUGAGGGAGAUGGGCCUAGCUUGUCCAAGCUGGGGUCAAGCUCUACAGCUGAGCUCCACCCCAAGAGUGGAGGAGCUAAUGGUGGCUCAAAGUUGAUGCCGCCUGCAAGUGUCAUGACCAGACUCAUUCUGAUCAUGGUUUGGAGGAAACUCAUCAGGAAUCCAAAUACAUACUCCAGCCUCAUAGGUCUUACUUGGUCUCUUGUCUCUUUCAGGUGGGGUAUUGAGAUGCCUACCAUAAUUGAUGGUUCGAUUAAGAUCCUAUCAAAUGCUGGGCUUGGAAUGGCCAUGUUCAGUCUUGGUUUGUUCAUGGCUCUACAGCCAAAGAUUAUUGCCUGUGGGAAUUCUGUUGCCUCCUUUGCCAUGGCUGUUCGAUUCCUUACUGGUCCAGCAGUAAUGGCAGCGGCUUCGAUUGCUGUUGGAAUUCGUGGUGUGCUCUUGCACAUUGCUAUUGUUCAGGCCGCACUUCCACAAGGAAUUGUCCCCUUUGUCUUUGCCAAGGAAUACAAUGUGCAUCCAGACAUUUUAAGCACUGGGGUUAUAUUUGGCAUGUUAAUAGCUCUUCCCAUCACACUAGUUUAUUACAUCUUACUGGGGCUUUGAAGCUGAAGGAGAGGAGAGGAGAGAGCUACCCAGGAAA